AUGGCUCAUUUGGGCCUGAACUCUGCGCAAGCUCUUCCGCGAUUCCUUCUUCCAAAAUUAAGCUGGCAGCCGGCCUCCAGUGCCAAUCAUACAAUUCGGGCGCUAUAUUCAACCGCAUCUAGCUAUGAUGCCCCUCCAAGAUCUUUUGGCAACUACUCUAAUAGGGCCAUUGCCCAGCGAAGAAUCAAUGAGCCCUGUCGGCCGAGGGCGAGCAUACUAUCCGGCCCAUCGCACCAUAAAGCUUUCCAUGCCUCAAGCCGUCGAGCGAGGGAUCAUCACUUCGAUACCCUCAAAUUCGUGCAACGUCUGAAGGAAGAUGGCUUUACAGAGGCGCAAGCCGUAGCGAUGAUGAAAGUGCUCAGCGAUGUCAUUGAAGAAAGUAUCCAAAAUUUGACCCGCACAAUGGUCUUACGUGAAGACCAAGCAAAGGCGACAUACACCCAGAAAGUCGACUUUGCCAAACUUCGAUCCGAGCUCCUAUCUGCCGAUUCUACAGAGUCAGCUACCACUCGCUCUUCACACGAACGUCUGACGAAUGAUCUGGCGAAGUUGAACGCUAGACUACGGGACGAGAUUGGCAGGACGCAGGCGUCUGUGAGAUUAGAUCUCAAUCUCGAGAAGGGAAGGAUUAGGGAAGAAGCCAAUGUGCAGGAGUUGAAGAUCAAGGAGACAGAGACCAAGAUUGAACAGGAAGUUGCGAGUCUAAGGGAGAAAUUAGAAGCAGUCAAGUUCCAGACUUUGCAAUGGCUUAUGGGUGUUUGCACUGGUACCGCUGCCUUGAUUCUUGGUGCUUGGAGGUUAUUAAUGUAG